GCCUGAUUCGGUCGGCUCUGCGCAGUCUCAGCGUUCCUCGCGCGCCUUGCUCGCUCUCGCUCUCCGCCCCCCGUCCCAGCACCCCAGACACACCCCGCCAGCAGCACCCGACCGCUCUCUAGCAACGAAGAUCUGCCUUGCAGGAGGCUCUUUGAGUCUCGGAGUGUGCGUCCGCGUUUGUGUGUGUGUGCGUGUGUUUCUGCGCGCAAGUUCAGCCAGUUCCAGAAUGCUCUCCAGUGCCGUGUUAGCCUUGCUGGCCGACGGCCACUCGCGCUCGCUGGCCAAGACCGCAGACGCGAUCGCGACCUCGCUCGACAACCCGGACGAGCAAGAGUUUAGACUCGCGUGUGAUCUGUUGUUUAUGCUUGAGGAAACCGUGGCGAGCAGCAGCGCGAGCGACGCAUCGGUCAUCGCCCGGGUGCUUAAUGCGGAGUAUCUCCUAUACAAGUUUUACGAGCGCUACGGCUCAAUUGAGAUGAACCCUUUCCUAUCCCACUUUGUUUCUGUCUACAGCGAAGGACUGAAGGCUUUUGUGUCGUCACGGGAGUCUUUAUUUGCAGACACGGCCGAGAACGACGUGCAGAUGGUGCAGACCACUCUUGUCUCGCUCUUCCUCGUCGACGGCGGCCACACCGUUGGCGAGCUGAAAGCUGCUGAUUUCCCCGCCGUAUGGCCGGAUCUGAUUCGCGACAACAUCGACACUGACAGAUUUGUGGACGCAUUGGUCAAUCAGGGAGUCAUGGAUCCGCCGGUACCGGAGUCACGCUCGUCGGUCUUCUCAGAUCCGGGCGGGGCCGGCGGGGGAGGAAGUCAGCAGCGCGAAUUGGCAGUCAGCGAGCAUCGGCCGAACCGCGGCAACGCAGAGGACAGUAAUGUGAAGCAUCCGAUGCCGAUCAGGGUCAUCCCGAACCCGAUCACCUCAACUGAUGUUGGUGUGGGCGACGAGGAUAUGGAGGGGGCGCGGCUGAGUAUGUACGUUCGCCCGAUGCUCAAGCGCGCGCUGUCCGAGGAGCUUUCGGAGAAGGAAACACACGACUUGGUCAAUAUUCUGAAGCAAGAUCCGAUCAUGCUGAUGGGCACAGUGGAUCUGUCUGUGAAUGCGAUUACUGCUAUGCUACACAUGAACCCUUUAUUAGGGAGAUCUUUGAUCACAUCGCUACUACUGACUGCACUGAGAGAAGAUGUUUUGCAGAUUCUGCAAUACCUUCCUCCGUCGCUGCCAGCACUGGAAGCACUGAGCCACUUACUAAUACCUCAGCUUGGCAUGGCGCAGCAGGUUGGAUCAGGAACAACGCCGGUGUUGCGGGAAGAUGAAAAGUCGCUACUGCUGCAUCCGUUUUUGUCGAAUGCGACGCGGCUGAUUGAGUCGCAGCAGUCAAAGUCGUAUGGGACAGGGGAGGAUUAUCAGAUGCAGACGACGCGGCCGGUGCAGCUUCUGUGUCUGUUUAUACAGUCGCUGCUGCGGACGGGGACGAUCGAGCUGGAGGAGUACGUUUACGAGAUCCAGUCGUUGGCACUGAGUUUUGUGUACGUGCCCGAAGCUACGGAGUUGUUUCACGUGGUGCAGAGCGCGAUGGCGAAGCAUCUGACGAUGGGGCCUGGUGGUGCACAGCAGCAGCAGGGGAAUGGGCAGCAGUCGCAGCAGCAACGACAGCAGCAGCAGCAGCAAAGUCAGUCACAGCGGACGGUGCCGGUGCUGUGAGGUUAAUGAGAUAUACGUGGCUUACGGAGUAUGGUGACAAGGGAUCAAAAGCAAGGAAGACAGGGCGAGGAUGUACAGUAUCAGUAUAGUGGCUAAGGAGUCUGUUUUAAGUGGAAGAUCGGCGCGGGACCGAGGGGUAUUGCAGCGACAAGGCGUAACAUGAAUGAGUGAAUGAGAGAGAGAUGAGAUAGAAGAAGAGAGCAGCAGGAGAAGAGCAUAUCUCUGAGUGGAAUGAGGCAAGGAGGCGAUCUUGCAGGACGAAGUAGAUCCAGGAGAUGCGCGAGUACACCCUGGCUGCUGUCAGACGUCGCCUGAGCCGUUGCAGCGUAGGUUGAGGCGCAGGUGGCCGAUAGCAGGUUGCAUGCGUACAUGUUUAUUUGCGGUCUGCCAGAGGUCUGUUUGGUGUCUGCUUGAUGUCUGCUGCUAUUUCUAUAUUCUACAGUCCAUAUAUUAUCAAUAUAAUAAUAGUAUACCAAGGAAUAAUAGAG